UCAAUCAUGGUAACGUUAGCAAGGUUUGCUGAUCAUUCCGUAAGGUUACAUGUGUUGCAUGGACAUAUUUUACCAAAGCUAAAUGGCUCUUGUACUAUAAAAAGAAAUUCAAAGUCAACAGAUUCCUUUUUCUGCUAAAAAGGAAACAUGAAAGAAGAUUGUAAUAAGCGAUGAUGAUAACAGCGAAGAUUUCUUCAUUCCAAGAAGAAGCAUGAAGACCGACAGUACGUUGCCACAAAUUGUGUUCCUGCCUAGGGCUGAAAAAGAGUUAUUUUACAGAAAGUUCAGAAAUGAUGGAAUCUGUCAUUCCCAAAGAGAUGCACCUAGGAUCCCCCCUCUACCAGAACUUCCGUCAGAUGCACCAAAAACAGUUGUAAAAUUGGAAAGACACAAGAGGGCAAAACGGCCUGAAAAAUGGUCCAGGAUAAUAAAAAGACGGCGACACUCCAGUUUUUUGGAGGUCAGGGAAAAGACAAGGUCAUUGUAUGACAAGCUACAGGGACCGUUGUUCUGUGUCGGGUCAUCGUCAGACAGUGACUGUAUAAUGAUUUCUAGUGGGAAUAAUGCUGUGAACAGUUCUGUGAUUGAAAAGCAGAAGUGCAGUGGUGGUGCUGAGGUGAAACAGUUGAAUAAAGCUGUUCAGAAUGACAUGGAUGGAAAGCCUUGUAAAAAUGUAAAAAUUGUUAGGGAAAAUAUGAAAUCUCAAGAAGAACAGGCAUUGUUAAGAUUUCAAAGAUGCUCUAGUGAAGUUCCAUCAAGUAAUGUUUCAGGCAAAGAAAAUUCUAAUUUUGUUAGGUCUGCAAGUGUUAAUACCUGUCAUAAUUCAUCUUUGAAAGUUAAAAAAUUGAGGCAUUCAUCACCGAGCAAAAGGCCUAAUUUGUCACUUUCUGAAUCAGAAGAGUCAGAUAAAGGGAUUAACGACUCUGAAUUUGAUGUCCUUGAAAAUCUAAGUUACUCCAUACGUAAACGGUAUCGAAAUCUGAAAAUUUUGGGAAGUGAAAAGGUUAAUGUUAAGAACUGUACAGUUGUUUUGAAUGAUGUGCAACAAACAAAACCAAAAUCGAGACAUUUUUUGGAUGUUUUUGGUUUGUCAGACAAGAGUGACGAUGAAUUACCAAACUUAAGUGUAGAUGAAAAUUUGAAGGUACCUGUCCCUCAAAUUACAAAAGAUGAACUUAUUCUUGAUUCAUGCAUCUGCAUGGACAAUUUGCUCUUGUCAAAAAAAUCCAGAUGUAUUUCUUACCCAGAAUGUAUCUCUAUUUCAUCAGAGUCUAGUGAUGUUGAAAGCGGCAGGAAAUCAGAUGGGCCACUGGAUAAGGAAGAUGUUUACAGUAUAACUGAUACAACAGAAGGUUCAGACAGUGAUUUCAGCUUGAAAGAUGUGGAUAGGGUAAUGGUCAAAAUAGAAUGUGUUAAUGAUAACUUAGAACACAUUGAAGCUGCCUCUGUAAAGACUGUACCCAUUGACAAAGACACAAACAACAAUGAUGGUGUUACUGUGAAAACAGAUUUAAAUGUUGUCCAUGAAAAUGAUGGUGUAACAGUUGAAAUUGAAACUAUUGAACAUGUGGUCGACAAUUUUGAUGAAAAAAUGGAAACAGACAUUUUUGUAAAUGUCGUAAUGGAGUUUGAUCUUGCCUAUGCACAUACUGAAACUGUGGAAACAACAUCUAUAGGUCAAAUAAUAAACUCCAUAGAUGUUCCAUGUGCUGUGAAAACUGAAACUGCUUGUAAUGUCAGUAUGAGUGAAGCUGAUUGUAUAAGGAAUGAUACAGACAUUGUUGAACACAAUGCUAAUGAUAAUUCUGACAGUCGGACACUGUCAGCUGUAUCUGAAAUCGAUUCACUGAGACCAGCUUCUGUUUCCAAUUCACCAUUCAGGCCCUCAGCAUCAGCUUUAUCAGCCUUAACCUCAUUUUUAUCAUCAGGGCUAACGAUCUCAAAAUCAAAAUCAUCAAGCCCAACUUCAGCAUCAUCAUCAGUUAUGUCAUCUGUGUGUUCAUCAGCAGAGUUACAUAUAGAACAGUGUUCUCUAGUCAGAGCAACAAGGAAAGUAUUUUCUAGGCGAAGCAGUGAAAACAAGACUCACAAAGUGCUUCUGCCAAAUUCACAUAUGAACUUUCUGGAUGCUUGUUUUGAUGAUGAUAAUAAUGACAUUCACAUUGGUUCAUAUCUGGAGUAUUUAGAAGAGUUUACAUAUAACUACAGAAUUCCCGAUGAUACUGUAAAAACUGUAUUAAAAUCUAUUUACUUCAGCAAAAUCCCUAGCAGUCUGCAAAUAAACAAAGCAAGUGCUAUUCUGAUGAACUUGUCAAAACAACAACAUGGCCUUACAGGAAUACAUUGGGAAAUGGUGGAGAGUAGCUUGUCCCGAAUCUAUGGGCCGAACAAAUCUAGCAAUUUUCUAACAUUAUUCCAAGCAACACAGUUUCUGCGCCUUUGCCUGUGUGUUUUGAAAGAUGAACUUUAUUCUAAUGAUGUUAUGCAAGAUUUUGGAAACAUUCGUAAGAGUCAGGCAUACAAACUGUUCUCCUACAAUUCCAUUGCAGCAAAUAGGAAGGUAUUGAUGUUCUAUUUUAACCAGGCAGUUCAUGUUGGGCAAGUGACAUCAGUUGAUUUUGAGGGCAAAAGGAAGUCCAUACCACAAGUUCUACCAAUUAUACAGGAGAUACUGUGUAUCUGCGUGGAAGUCAGCACCAGUUGCUUGGACUGUUCCAGGAAUCUAGCGGUGGAUUUGGUUGGCUCUUACAAGUUCCUGCCGGAUCUGGAGAGCAAGGACCGUCUAGUUCGCACCAUCAGCAGUCCGCUGCUCCAGUAUCGGACUGUGCAGUCCAUCCUUGAGGCUCAGUACGAUGGUUACCUGCCCCUUGCCAGCUUCCCGACCUCCCUGAAGGCAGUCAUCGAGGCCUUCUUUCAAGUUGAACCGCUCAAAUUGUAUCCUACCCCACCCACCACCCCUACCAUGGAUAGCGCACAAGUUGGCUUGUUUAUCAGUCUCUCUGCCUGCGAAACUGACGAGAUCGCCAUGCUCCUGUACUACCUCGUUGCAAGCUACCUGUCGGUGGUAUCCAAUCAGGCCCAUUUACCCCUUCAUAGAAGGAAAGAACCAGCUGUCAGGCCGUGUGAUGCAGAGACUCUGCAACUACUGGGAACACAUGUGGACAGGCUCACCAAACACCUCCAACUCAUGUGUUCGUACCUGUCAAAGACCUGCGAAAGGUACCUCAUGUUAAUGAGGUGCCUUGGCAGUUGAUAGGGUUUGUUUAUUUACUGUUUACCACGUAGAAACGCAUUUUGACAAAGUUGUAGUCCCUCAGAAAACUAAAUUUUAUGAAAGACUUUUCUUACUAAUUCAAGUUUAAAGGCUCCAUUUUCAACCCCUAGAUACUGAUGAGCAGCAAACAGCAUAAAAUCUGAACAGACUGCACGUUACUCGCAGGCUGUUCUGGUUUUAUGCUGUUUGCACAAGCCAUUUUCACUUUGCUUCUGAGUGGGAAAGGGAUAGGUGAAAAGUCUAACGCACCUCUAACCAUUCAAACAAUUGGAAUUUAGACAGAGUGCAGAAAUUAUUAGCUCUUAACGUAAUGCGCAUGGGCAGGUCACAACUGAAGAUUACAUUUAGACUUUUUGUCAACAUUCACAUUUUCAAUAAUGUUACACUGACUUCCUCUUGAGAAAUUUAGAAAUAUUUGUGAUGUGUGAUAGAUUUUAAAAUAGCUUUAAGAUUCAGCAUAAUGUACCGGUAAGUUGUUCUUUUUUUUGGAGGAGGGGGAGGGGUGUAAAUUAGAAAAUAAAAAUGUCUUAUUCAUUUUUAGUAAGUUUAUACAUGUAAAAUUAAGUGACAUAGUAGAAUGCAAUGCAUCUUUUGGUGCAUGAUUUGUCGACUGAAUAUACUUUCUUUACUGUUCAUUUGUUAUGUUUUGUUAAAUAUGCUCAACUCUGUUAAGCAUUGUAUCAAAAGUUUUCACAGGAGUUGUCUCCCUUGAUCAGUCAUUUGAUUAUCCUACCACUACACAAUAGACAUAAACGUUCUACUUUUAUGUAUAAAUUUAAUGAAUAACAUUAUUAGCAUUGUAUUAAGUCAUAUUUAGGCCUGACAUGAUUGGGGUCCAAGAAUUUAGAAUAUAAUUAUUAAUUGUAGGUCAGUGCUAUAGAAUUAAAAGAUAACGCCUAGAUCCUAGAUUUUAAUGCUGCAUUUCUAGAGUUCAGGUUUACACUUUUUAUGCUCCCCCAAAAUUGUUUGUGGGAGCAUAUAGUCGCCGCUUCUUCUGUCCGUGCGUGUGUCCGUCCGUGCACAAUUUUUGUCCGGGCUAUUUCUCAGCAAUUUAUCACCGGAAUUUAAUUAAACUUUAUGGGAAGCUUCACUACCAAGAGGAGAUGUGCAUGCAUAUUAUCAGCCAGCUCUGGUCGGAUGAUUUUUCACCUUUGAAAUUUUCCAUUAACUAUACAUAUAUUGCAAUUCUUGUGUGGGCUAUUUCUCAGCAACUAAUUACCGGAAUUCAAAGAAACUUUAUGGGAAGCUUCACUACCAAGAGGACAUGUGCCUAUUAUCAGCGGGUUCUAGUCAGAUGAUUUUUCACAGAGUUAUGACCCUUUGAAAUUUUCUAUAAACUGUACAUGUAGUGCAAUUCUUGUUCUGGCUAUUUCUCCCCAACUACUGACUGGAAUUCAAUGAAACUUUAUGGGAAGCUUAACUUCCUUGAGGAGAUGCGCAUGUUAUUUGUGGGUUCUGGUUAGAUGAUUUAUGUAGAGAGUUAUGGCCCUUUGAAAUUUUUUAAGCUGCUAAACCAUCCAUCAUAUUAUUUUGUCCAAAGUUAUGCCCCUCAAGACGUUUCCUUUUAUCUGAAUAUAUAGUGCAAUAUUGUGACAAAAAAAACUUUGGGGAGCAUCACCCGUCUCCGACGGUUUCUUGUUUAUAAUCAAAUAGGCAACAAGUUCAAAGUUGGACUAUACCAUUUAUAAUGACUAUUAUAAGUUGUUUCAAAUUAUAUAUAUGUUAUAUAUAUAUAGUAAAAUUACGAUGAUAGUAAUUAUUGUUGAACUUAUUGCAAAUGAUUUGAAGUAAUUAUUCUUAGCAUAUUUUCUGAAUAAUGUGUUAAGGAUUCAUAUUUAACCAGGUUUUCUGAAGGAAAGAGCUUGUCCGGGCCAUAUCUAUGUAGUUCAUUGUGAGAUUUUAAAAUCAUUUGUCACAUUUAUUCACCAUCAUUGGACAGUUUGUCAUGUGAAAGAAUUACGUAGAUAUCUCCAAGUUCAAGGUCACACUUUGAGUUUAAAGGUAAAAAAUGGCCAUAAAUUAUCUUGUCCGGGCCAUAACUAUGUCAUUCAUUGUGAGAUUACAUUACAUUACAUAGUACAUUUGUUCCCAAUCAUUGGACGGUGUGUCAUGCGAAAGAAUUACGUUGAUAUCCUCAAGACUAAAAAUAAAUUGAAUUUGACACAAAGGGGGUAACUAGGAACAACCAGUAACAAAGCACAUUUUGAAUUGUCUCCCUUUAUCAAACUUUUUUUUUCAAAUUGAAAACCUGGUUUUGUGACAAUUUUGUCCCUUGUUUUAUAAUAAGCUUGAAUUGUCUUUAUUUUAUUGUUACUGGUUUUAUUUCAUGUCACUGUGUAAAUAUAUUAGCAUGUGAAAGUUUGAGUAAUUGUUUUUAAGUAAAACUUUGAUUUCUGAAAUUAGCAUGCACCAGUAUAAUAUAGUGUCAGCUGGCUUUAUGCACUAUAGUAUGUUAGUCUCUGCUAAAACAAAAGUUUGAAAUUUAUCUUAAUAAUUGAUCUUUAUGUAUAGAAAAUCAAAAAAAGUAUGUAAGGUAUAAUAUAUAUUGUUCUUAUUUUGUCAAUUUUGACAUUUCGUUCAAGUAAAGAAGGGAAUUUUAUAUUAAAUGUUUUAUAUAUUUGAUUUUUAUUGUGCAAGCUUGUUCAUUGAAAUGUGUCAUACAAAGUUUAUGUAACCAAUCUUUGCUGCACAUUGCUGGUAUUGAGAUGAACCCAUGUAAUAUGUUUGGAUUUUGUUUGUAUUUUAGUGCCACAUGUUGUCCAAUUACUCUUUUGUUGUAUGAUUAAGAAAUCUCAAGCUACCAGUUUUGUAUUAAUAAAAUACUUUUUAUCUUUGCGCAUUUUGCUUUUUAUAUACAUGAGACAAUACAGUUAAACUUAGAACGUUUCUGUAAAUUUUUAAAGGAAAAUUCAAUGAAGCUUUGAAUUUCUUGUUCAUUUAAUUUAUGUUUCGAUUUUUUUUUAAUUUGACAUCACUAGUAUGAUGUCCCUUAUGAGAUGAAGAAAUCCCCAAUCUCAAGUUAUUUUUUUUUGUUUUAAAAAAUCCAAUUAAUGUUUGCUUGGUUUUUGUUUUUCAAAUUAUAAAGAAAAAUGUAGUGAAACUUUGAAUAUUGCUGUUGAUGUAUUUUAUUAGGAAACAAUUGAAAAUGUGAAAAUUACUGUUUACUUUCUUACAAACUCACAUAAAACUUUACAAAUUUCCCUUUAUUAUGUUAUAUGUAGUUGUAUGAUUUAAAUGCUUUUAUUAUAGUAUAUGAAGAAAUUCCAAUGAAAACACAUAGCUCUGUUUUAUGUACAAACACUUUAAUUGAAUUUUGGAUGGCUGUUAAUUAUAUUAGAAAUUACAAAUAAUAAGUCUGCAACAGGUUUACUGGGAGGGGCUAUACAUGUAGGUUUACACUCUGUCUGUCAUGUUGGCCUGUUUGUUCAUCUGCAAAAUUGGAUCCUGUGAUUUCACAAAGUACUGAAGAUAAUUUGAUGAAACUUUGUAUACAUAUAGAGGGCACUGUGAAGAUUAUUUACGAUCUUUUUUGGAAGAGGUCGAAGGUCAGAUAACUGAUACUAAAAUAGAACAAAAAUUAUGAUUGCAAUAAAAAAAGUACAUAAGAUAUUAUAAUGAAACUUUGUAUACACUUGUACAAACUAAUCAAUAAAAAAAUAUUUCUGCUGUCUGAAAUGGACCUUGGAUUUUAGGAUUGAACAUCACCCACGUACAGAUGGUGCUGUUAGAAGUUUACAACGCACAAUCUUAAAUUGACAGAUUUUUUUAACUCAAGUGGGCAUCUGUGUUUCCGGCAAUAUUAUCAAAAUUGUGUUCCUUAUUAUGAGGAAAACAUUAAAUACAUAUGUAUUAAUUGAUCUUAAGAUUUUUAGAGAAGCUAAAUGAACUUUGGUGUAAAUUAUUAAAUUAAAAAAAUAUACUUACUACAAAAAUGUUAUAUUUUAUUACGGAAUUCUUAACCAUCCACAUUACUGUUUGCGAUAUUUUUAAAAGUUUGUAUUAACAUGGCACAGGUGCGUUUAAUUACCUUAACGAAAAUCCAAGACUUUGCUCAAUGGAAAAACAGAUUUAAAAAAAAUCUGUUUCUCCAGAGACCAUUUCAAGCACGAAAAUGAACACUAUCAAUGUCAAAAUAUUGACAAUGCUUUAGGUCAAACCAAUCCAUUACUUGAUAUUAAUUUAUUAAUGCCAACCCAGAGUAAUUAACAAACAACAUCAAAACAGCAAAUAAAGAGGCACUUUAAUAAGUGAGUUUAUCUCAAGCCAAAGGGAGAGAAAUCCAACACGUAUGAGCUGUUUGAUAUAAAGCUUCUGAUAUUAUACAGAUUUAAUCCAAUCAUACUUAGAAAACUGCUGAUUGUUUGCAAGAAAUAAUCCUAUCAAACUGAAAAAUCAAAUAAAUAGCCAUAGAUGAUACACACAAACUUGGUACACUGCUGAUUAUUAUCUGGAGAUAAUCCUGUCAAACUGAGUACUCUAUUGAUAAAUAUCUACUGAUAACCCAAUCAAACAUGGUACUUUAUUGAUUAAUAUCCAGAUAUAAUCCAACCAAACUUGGUACACUAUUGAUAAAUAUCCAGAGAUAAUUCACUUAAACUUGGUACACUGUUGAUACAUUUCUAGAGAUAAUCCUUUCAAACUUCAUACACUAUUGACAAAUAUCCAGAGAAAAUCCAAUCAAACUUGGUACACUGUUGAUUAAUAUACAUAGAUAAUCCAAUCAAACUUGAUACACUAUUGAUAGAUAUCCAGAGAUAGUACACUAUUGAUAAAUAUCCAGAGUUAAUCUUAUCAAAUUUGGUACACUAUUGAUAAAUAUCCAGAGAUGAUCCAAUCAAACUUGGUUCACUAUUGAUAAAUAUAAAGAAAUAAUCAAAUCAAACUUGGUACACUAUCGAUAAAUAUCCAGAGAUAAUCCUAUCAAAUUGUACACUAUUUAUAAAUAUCCAGAGAAAAUCAAAUCGAACUUCGAACAAUGUUGUUAGAUAUCCAGAGAUAAUCCAAUAAAACUCAUGCACUAUUUAUAAAUAUCCAGAAUUAAUUCAAUAAAACUUUGUACAUUGUUGAUGAAUAUCAUGAGAUAAUCCUAUCAAACUUCGUACACUUUUGAUAAAUAUUCAGAGAUAAUCCAAUCAAACUUCGGACAUUAUUGAUAAAUAUCCAGUGAUAAUUCAAUCAAACCUGGUUCAAUAUUGAUAAAUAUCCUGAGAUAAUGCAAUCAAACUUGUGCACUAUUGAUAAUUAUCUAGAGAUGAUCCAAUUAAACUUAGUACACUUUUGAUAAAUAUUCAGAGAUACUCCAAUCAAACUUCAGACACUAUUGAUAAAUAUCCAGAGAUAAUGCAAUCAAACUUGGUGCUCUGCUGAUUAUUGUCUGGAAAUAAUCAUCUCAAAUAAAGAUCUAUGUAGACAAUUUUUCAAGGAAUACACAUUAAAAAGUAACUUAAUUUAACUGGAUGUACAUUUUGCAGGGGAUGUCAUACAUUUUAUAUGUUUUUAUUUCAUAUGUUUUGUUAAAACGAUCACAUCGUGUUUGUUGUAUGCCUCAUUUAAAUCUAUUUCAAGAUAUUCUGUGUUAUAUGUAUGGUAUACAUUUUGGACAUCAAACAUACACAAUAAAUUGUACACAUAGUUUCCUAAUUUUUAUUUUUGUUCAAAAGCAACAUAUGUCAUUACAUUAAUGCAUAGACAAACGUAUGAGAUGAUCGUUAUUUUCACAAUAUUGGUUAAAUAAGAGUGGAAUUAUUAGCUGUCUGUUGUUUUUAUAAUCAUUUAUGAACUGUUUUUUUAAAACUUUAUUGACAAAAGUUUUGUAACAAAAUAAAUGUUUUUCUGAAGAUUCUCUCUUGAAAUAUUUGUUAAACUAUAUUUGUUGCACUAGAAUGUUUCUUGAUGUAGCCUGAGCAUUGUAUAUAUGUAAAUUGCUCAAUUACAUUUUAAUGUUUAAGGUCAGUUGUCAAAGACUCUAAAAUGUUUUAACAAAAGUGGUUUGGUUAAGUUUUCAGUAAGCUUGCUACUACCCCCUACCCCCUCUGUCAAUUUGUCUUUUUGUCAAUCUGUUUGAAUAUACAAAUUCUGUCAGAAAAUUGCUCCUACCUUUUUCAAAGUUCAUCAUUUAAACUGGUAUGAAUUCUUCAUAAGAAAUGAGGUUGUGUAUGUGCUAUUGUUACAAUCCUACGUAAAAAACGACACAGUAUUGCUAUUUUAACUUUUAACAGGACGCAAAUUCGUGCAGAGAAGUUUUCCUGCACAUAAUGUACACCAUUCAAACCUGAGUGCCUUGUUUCAUAUGAUUUAUGUUGUUGGGCAUAUGCAAUGUUUAUCAUCCUACAUAAAAGAGUUGGAAAGAUAUAGAAAGAUAUGCCAACUCUUCAGCAUUCGCUUAAUAUUCCUGAGGAGGAAUGUGUGAAUGCUUGUAAUUCAAUGUAAUUUUAUUUAAAAUAAAGCUCAAAUGGCCAUUAGUAGCGAACUUAUGCCCUGUUGGUUUGUCCAUAAUCCAUAAUCUAUUUUUAGUCCCCUACCGGUUUCACCGGAGGGGACUUAUGGUUUUGUCUCCGUCCGUCAGUCUGUCCGUCACACUUUUCUGGAUCCUGCGAUAACUUUAAAAGUUCUUAAUAUUUUUUCAUGAAACUUGGAAUAUGGAUAGAUGGCAAUGUGGACAUUAUGCACGUCAUUUAAUUUUGUUCCUACGUCAAAAAUUGUGGUUGCUAUGGCAACAAAUAGACUAGAAAUAGUGCUGAAAAUUUUGUUUUUUUCUGGAUCCUGCGAUAACUUUAAAAGUUCUUAAUAUUUUUUCAUGAAACUUGGAACAUGGAUAGAUGGCAAUAUGGACAUUACGCACGUCAUUUCAUUUUGUUCCUACGUCAAAAAUUGUGGUUGCUAUGGCAACAAAUAGACUAGAAAUAGUGCUGAAAAUGUUUUUUUUUUCUGGAUCCUGCGAUAACUUUAAAAGUUCUUAAUAUUUUUUCAUGAAACUUGGAACAUGGAUAAAUGGCAAUAUGGACAUUAUGCUCGUCAUUUCAUUUUGUUCUUACGUCAAAAAUUGUGGUUGCUAUGGCAACAAAUAGACUAGAAAUAGUGCUGAAAAUGGUGUUUUUUUUCUGGAUCCUGCGAUAACUUAAAAAGUUCUGAAUAUUUUUUCAUGAAACUUGCAACAUGGAUAGAUGGCAAUAUGGAAAUUAUGCACGUCAUUUCAUUUUGUUCCUACGUCAAAAAUUGUGGUUGCUAUGGCAACAAAUAGACUAGAAAUAGUGCUGAAAAUGGUGUUUUUUUCUGGAUCCUGCUAUAACUUUAAAAGUUCUUAAUAUUUUUUCAUGAAACUUGGAACAUGGAUAAAUGGCAAUAUGGACAUUAUGCACGUCAUUUCAUUUUGUUCCUACGUCAAAAAUUGUUGUUGCUAUGGAAACAAAUAAAAAAAAUAUUCUGACAAUGGUGAAAUUUCUGACAAUGGUGGAGCCGGUAGGGGACUUUUAUUGCUUGGCAAUAGUCUUGUUAAUACAUAAUCACUAAUGAAACCAUUUUGGCCAACUUUAUUGGUCUGCUCAAUCAAAAAGCAGAUACCGAUGGGGAUAAGCCAUUUUUCUCCAAAUGUUUUGAAAACAUUUAAUCUUGUAAGAAAGCACCUUUUGAACUGUAAAUUAUCAUUUUACUUACGCUUUUCGUACGUUUUUUCUUAUAAAAAAUAAAUAAUGAAAUGUA